CAAGAAGCUGAAAAACAAGGAAGUGAAUGAUUGUGAAGCCGUAACCUGUUAUAAGGCCGUGACAAGCUACGCAGAGCUCCGUUUAAUCUGAUAUUCCUCAGUCUCCAGAUCAGUCCAGAACAAUGAACAACAAAGGUUCAUAUCCACAGCAGGCUGUGUACCCUCAGCAGAGCACUGCACCUGUAUACCCUCCUGCUAUGCAAAUGUCUCCUCAGGCACCUCCUUACACAGACACACCACCUGCAUAUUCUGAGAUAUACCAGCCCAGAUAUGUGCUUCCACCUCAGGUGCCUGGUCAGUUGCCUCAGAUGUCCUCUCCCUACCCUGGUGCUCAGGUGUUCAUGCCCAUGCAGCCACAUAUGUCUGUUGGACCAGUGGGCCAGAAUGUCCCCAUGGCUUACUAUCCAGUGGGAGCCAUGUACCCCCCUGGUUCAACAGUGAUGGUGGAAGGCGGCUUUGAUGCCGGUGCUCGCUUCACAGCAGGCAGCAGUGUCUCCAUCCCUCCCCCACCUCCUGGACAUCCUCCCAAUGCGGCUCAGCUGGCUGCCAUGCAGGGCGCCAAUGUUGUAAUGGCACAGCGCAAGAAUAACUUCUUCCUGGGUGGAUCCAGUGGAGGGUAUACCAUCUGGUAACAGCAAGUCCUCAACUCCUCCUUCAUGCCUAAACCCCGUCCCAAAUGAUGCCCCAGUUCUUCCCCCGUCCCAUUCGCCUCCCUCUUCAGGCUGCUUGGCCAUGCCACAAUACUGAUAUCACCUAACGGAAUGUAAUAUUUUAGAGCCCUCAUGAAAGGUACAGUACUCCACUUCUGACCUAGAGAUCAAAUGAUGAAUGCCACUGCCUGGAGAGGACAAAUGCAAAUUUAUAAUGUUGUAGAAUUCAUUCCAUAAUUCUUCAUUGGGUCGAACCUCUGUGGUCAUUCCAGAUUGGACCUCUUUCAGGCAUCUGUAUUUGUUUAAGAGACCUUGUCUCCUUUGAUCGAAUGGAUCACAAAUUACACUGAGAUGUUCUUGUAUACCUGUAAAGCUACAUGAAUGAACUGUUGAAAUAUCUGACCCGCAUUAUAUAGUUUAGCUGCUUUAUGGUGAAAGUGAAAUACAGUUACAAAGUUGCAGUGACAGCGCAAAAAAAAAGAAAUCUCCACUUGUCUUUUUUGAAAACUUUUAGUGUAGUUAAAUUAAUAGAUGUGUAAUAGUUCCAUGUAAAUACCAGUAUGAUGGUCACGAGAAAUUACAUCUCGACUAUACAAAAAAAAAAAAGAAUCAGCAUCUUGGAUGCUUUUAGUUAGAAUUGUCUUGUACUUUG